AUAGAGUCUCCUGUUUUGAGUGGCACUGGUGAGUUAGCCGAAAGCAAUUAACUAACAACUAAGUCGCACCGUUUUGUUCUGCUUUCCUACAUUGCCAUUGCCAUUGCCAUGGAAGCCAAGCUCUGGGAGUCUCCUCUUUUGUCUCCCUCACUCCCUCUUCUUCCUUCUCUCAAUCUCCACUUUCCCUCUUCAACGCGCCUCCUAGCUCGCAGUUUCUUCUCAGACACCGUUCCCAUUGAUAACAAGGAAAAGGAACAACUUGUAACUUCUGUCAAACCUACUUACUCCCCUACUCCUCCCAAUCGUCACCUUCGAACUCCUCACAGCGGCUACCAUUUCGAUGGGACUACUCGCAAAUUCUUCGAGGGUUGGUACUUCAAACUUUCCAUUCCGGAACGGAGGCAGAGUUUUUGCUUCAUGUACUCCGUCGAGAGCCCAUCCUUUCGUAAACCACUGACGCCGCUCGAAGUGGCCCAAUACGGCUCCAGGUUUACUGGUGUCGGUGCUCAAAUUCUCGGUGCCGAUGACAAAUAUAUUUGUCAAUUUUCUCCUGAAUCACAAUUCUUCUGGGGAAGUAGGCAUGAACUAAUGUUGGGGAACACUUUCGUGCCCAACCAAAAUUCUAAACCUCCAAACAAGGAGGUUCCUCCUCAGGAAUUUAAUGAUAGAGUGCUGGAAGGUUUUCAAGUCAGUCCCCUUUGGCAUCAAGGUUUUAUUCGCGAUGAUGGAAGGUCAAAUUAUGUAGAGACAGUAAAGACAGCUCGUUGGGAGUAUAGUACGCGUCCUGUAUAUGGUUGGGGUGAUGUUGGUUCCACGCAGAAGUCUACUGCUGGGUGGCUUGCAGCUUUUCCUGUUUUUGAACCACAUUGGCAAAUAUGCAUGGCUGGUGGACUGUCAACAGGUUGGAUAGAGUGGGAUGGCAAGAGGAUUGAGUUUGAUAACGCUCCUUCUUAUUCAGAAAAGAACUGGGGUGGAGGAUUCCCAAGAAAAUGGUUUUGGGUUCAAUGUAAUGUUUUUGAAGGGGCUAGUGGAGAAAUUGCUCUUACAGCAGCUGGUGGAUUGAGGCAAAUUCCUGGAAUUGCCGAGACCUUUGAAAAUGCUGCAUUGAUUGGAAUUCAUUAUGGUGGAAUUUUUUAUGAAUUUGUGCCAUGGAAUGGUGUUGUUAACUGGGAAGUUACUACUUGGGGUUAUUGGUUUAUGUCAGCAGACAAUGGCAGAUAUGUGGUUGAAAUAGAAGCAACAACAGAGGAUCCAGGUACAACAUUGCGUGCUCCAACAGCAGAAGCCGGCUUGGCCCCUGCUUGUAAAGAUACAUGCUUCGGAGAUCUAAAAUUACAAAUGUGGGAACGAAGAUAUGACGGCAGCAAGGGGAAGAUCAUAUUGGACGUUUCAAGUAAUAUGGCAGCACUAGAAGUUGGAGGAGGUCCAUGGUUUAACACUUGGAAGGGCAAGACAUCAACUCCAGCAGCCCUUAGCCGUGUCCUUGAAUUACCCAUAGACGUAGAGGGCAUUUUCAAUCCUGUUCCUCUAUUUAAACCGCCUGGCCUGUAGUCAUUUGGUUUGGUAUCUUCCCCUUUUUUUAGUUUUUAAUCUAAUCAGGCAGCAUAAUGCAUGGUUUAAUGUUAUAAACUUUGCCGUAGUGCAUCAAAGGAUUCAGAGUUUCACCAUAAGGAUAGAAACUAGAAAGGGAUUCUUGAUUAGAAAAACACAAUGUCUGUAUCCUUAGAUAAAAAGAGAGAAUUAAAAAAAAAAAAAAGUUUACAUGUGCGUGUGAACUAGGGAAUACAUAAGAAAAUGUGUAAUAACGAUUUUUAUAUUGAUAUUAUUGAAUAUAUUAUAAUUUUAUGGGAGAGUA